CCACCCCCCUAACCCACCCAGCACCACCAAUGCCUGGCAGAGUUUCUGAGAGAUCCUAAAAAGUGCAGGCAGGCGAGCAAAGGGCGAACGAUCGGGGUCCUUUCUUCGCUUCUGCCUCACUCGCCUUCCUACCUUCCUCGCUCGCUCCUUUCGCUCUCUUUCCUUUCCUCCCCCUCCCUCUUUCCCCUCCCCUCUUUCCUCCCCCCUUCCUUUCCCUCUCUCCCCCACCCCACGCCACCCCGCCAUGGCAUUUUCCCAGCUGGGAUACCAGUAUAUCCGCCCGAUCUAUCCGUCGGAUCGCCAAGGGAACAGCAGCUCCCGAAACGGGGCAGACCUCAGCCCGACGGGGACUCUCUCCAACGUGCUGUCCUCCAUGUACGGAGCGCCUUACGCAGCAGCCGCGGCUGCCCAAGGAUACGGAGCGUUCCUACCCUACACCGCCGAGCUGCCCAUCUUCCCGCAGCUGGGAACCCAGUAUGAGCUGAAGGAGGGCCCUGGCAUCCAGCACCCCGGCUUCCCUCAUCACCACCCGGCUUUCUAUCCCUAUGGGCAGUACCAGUUUGGAGACCCGUCGAGGCCCAAGAACGCCACCCGUGAGAGCACCAGCACCCUAAAGGCCUGGCUGAACGAGCACCGGAAAAACCCGUACCCGACCAAAGGCGAGAAGAUCAUGCUGGCCAUCAUCACCAAGAUGACCCUCACUCAGGUCUCCACCUGGUUCGCCAACGCCCGGCGGCGCCUCAAGAAGGAGAACAAGAUGACCUGGGCCCCGCGGAGCCGCACCGACGAGGAGGGCAAUUCUUACGGCAGCGAGCACGACGAGGAGGAUGGGGAAGGCGACAAGCGGGACCCCGACGACGAGGAAAUCGACCUGGAGAACAUAGACACGGAGAAUAUGGAGAGCGGGCCCGGGGCCAAAGGGGGCCAGCUUCUCCUGGAAGGGGAGGACGAGGAGGGGGAGGAGGAGGAGGAGGACGACGACGACGACGACGAGGAACCUCCGGAGGAUUCGGUUCUCCUCCACUCUGACGCCAAAACCACGGACUCGGAGGGCUCCGACGGCUUCGACGACUUGCCAGGAGCCCAGGAGCGCUUCUUGAAGGCCAUGGAGGCCCGUCAGCGCGCCUCGUCGGGCCAGCUGCCUUCCCCAGCGGCUCUCCAGCAGCAGCAGCAGCGCCCCCCAUCUUCUCCCCCGACGGCUCCCAGCCCCGCUUCGCAACAGCAGCCGCAGCCUCCUAAGCCCAAGAUCUGGUCCUUAGCAGAGACAGCCACCAGCCCGGAUAACCCGUCACGGAAAUCUCCCCCCAGUGGUUGUUCCCCUCCUGCCGCAGCGGCCACCCCCCAGAGCCUCCAGCUGGUGGGAGCCCCGCCGCCGCCGCCCCCGACAGCCCCAGGACCCGCGCACAGACUGGUCGCCUCUUGUCCCCUGGGCAAAUUCUCCAACUGGUCCAGCCGGGCCUUCUCAGCCCAUCCCCACCACCAUCCCCACCACCACCAUCACCACCCGCUCACUUUACUGAACACUCCCCACCUCCUGGGACUCGGGGGGGGCAAUUCCAGCACGGCCCCCAACGCGGCUGCUCUCGCGGCUUUCUCCAGACCGGCGGAUCAAGCUCAGAGCGCGGAGGCCCCCGGAACAGAUCGAUCUAGUGCCUUGGAAGUAGAGAAAAAGUUAAUAAAGACAGCUUUCCAACCAGUUCAGAGGCGGCCUCAGAACCAACUUGAUGCAGCUCUGGUUCUAUCUGCGUUGUCAUCAUCAUAGCUAAUUUUUUUUAAUUAUUGUUCUAAUGAUUGUAAAAUAAAAAAAUCUCUGUAUAGUUACAACUUGUAAGCAUGUCCAUGUAUUAAAUGAUUUUUUUUUACAAAAACCAAGUUAAAAAAACUCUGCUUCUGUGCUAUCAUCUGGAUUAGCUGAACUCGUGAGGUUUUUUUGAAGUCCAGUGCAAAAUAGGCGUCUUCAUUUUUUUGUAUAUAUAGUAAAAAAAAAAUGUACAUAUGUGUGAACCAAAUUGUACAAGAAAGUAUAUAUUUUUGGCUAAUAAACUGUUGCCA